UAGUUUUUUGUUGAAAAUAUUCCUAUUCUGUCAGUUCACCUGACUCGUAUAUUUCGUGUUCAUUAUUUUUUAUUGGAAUAUCCCAUACCAAAUGAGGGGUGAUUUUGAUAUUUUCUGAAACUUGUUCCACAAAUUUAGAAUAAAUACUGAGCUCUUCUUUGGUAUACUGAUUCAUUUCUUUUAAAUCUCUGAUGACUUUAUAUUGAUUAAACAACGAAUUUCUAAGCUUCACAAGAUCUUUUACUAUUUUCCGAAUAUUCCCAUACGCCUUCAUAGCCGGGCUCUUCUUAUCAGAAAUAAUUUCACCAGCCUGUGUUGCUAGCACAGUCUCUAUAAAUCUUGACUUCAUGUCAAAUUUCUCCUUUGAAAUAUACUUCUCUCUUCUCUUCUUAGCUUUGCUCUUCCUUAUAAUUUCAUAUCUUUUUACUUCUUUGAUAGCUGCAAGGAAACACUUUGUAUGCAUACUUACGAUAUUUUCUAGUAUAUCAUUAAACUUUUCUUUGAGAUAUUCCGUCCUAUUCUCUGAAUAAUCACAAGAUUGAGUUUUCAUCUGAUGUAUUAUAGAGUAUCUCACUUCAUCAGGGUUAUCGAUUAACUUCUUCAUUAUAUGGUUAUUCAUAAAGUCCUCAUACUCGUGAAGCUUAUGGUCAUACUUCUUCUCAGGCUGGAUUGGAGUCUCUCCAGAGCCUGUAGAUUCAUAUCUCCUUAAUGAUGUCUUCAGCUUCUUAUUCUCCCUCUUCAACCUCUCCACCUGCUGUUCAAGCCCCUUACUCUUCUCCUCCAACCUCACCAUAUAAUUCUUCUUCCUCUUCCUAAACUCCCUUGACCUCUCCACCGUAGUCUUAGCUUUCUCCUUCUUGAUUUCCUCCCUAUCGCUCCCAGACUGCAUGGUU